AUGCUCGAGCGGCUGAUCUUUCGCUCGGCCCCUCCGAAUUUCUGGGCCACCUACUUCGAAGAUACUUUCUUCAAAGAAGAGGUCAACAUGCGGUUAUCCUUCGUCAACAAGUUGACAGACGGAAAGACAAGCACUACGGCCUGCCGUAAAACAACAAGCACCAUGCCCAUUCUCCACUUCAAAAGCAACCCUUCCCCGACGGUUAUCCAAAGUCCUUCCAAAGCAAGUGCCUUAGGAAGUCCCAACAUGAGCUGUCGAAAGGAGAAGACACCUGUGGGUGUUGAGGCCGAGGUCAACCGAUGGAUAGCAAAUCACGAGGCCGAAAAACCCGCAACCAUUGACAGAACAAGCAACAGUAGUCGACAGUAUCCCAUGCUACAACUCUGA